CUAAUUCCACAUUGGUGUAACCAACAUUGUUCCAGGCGUGGACUACAAACACAAACGUUAUAUUAAUACGACACUACCAUGUUCCAUGUUUCACACAAUCAUUAGCAUUUCAUCUUGAUCCUCCAAUUAAACACAUCAAUGUGACAUGUUAUCUCAUUCAUUUACUAUGAUUGCAACAAUAAUUAUUGUUCUUGCACAAACACUUGUGGGGGUGACUUCACUUCCUGAAGCUGAUAAAAUUAGCACUUUGCCAGGGCAGCCACAUGUUAAGUUUCAGCAAUAUUCUGGUUACAUUACAGUGGAUGACCAACAUCAGAGAGCUUUGUUUUAUUACUUUGUUGAAGCUCAAAAACACCCUACUUCCAAGCCAGUAGUCCUCUGGUUGAAUGGAGGUCCUGGUUGUUCAUCUGUUGGGGUUGGAGCUCUAAUUGAGAAUGGCCCUUUCAGACCAAGAGACAAUAAUGUUCUUGAAAAGAAUCAUUAUAGUUGGAACAUAGUGGCAAAUGUGCUAUACUUGGAAUCACCGGCUGGUGUUGGAUUUUCCUACUCUAGCAAUAAAUCUUUCUAUACCUUGGUGACAGAUGAAAUUACAGCUAGGGAUAAUCUUGUUUUCCUACAACGCUGGUUCAUUGAAUUCCCUGAGUACUCAAACAACGCUUUUUUCAUUACAGGGGAGAGCUAUGCUGGUCACUAUGCUCCACAACUUGCACAACUUAUUGUUCAAACCAAGAGCAAAAUCAAUCUCAAGGGAAUAGCAAUUGGGAAUCCUCUCAUGGAAUUUGACACUGAUUUGAACUCCAAAGCUGAAUUCUUUUGGUCCCACGGACUGAUCUCAGAUUCAACUUAUGAUCUCUUCACCAAAGUCUGCAACUACUCCACCAUUAGGAGACAAAUGAUAAGUGGGAAUCUUAGUGAGAUUUGUGAAAACAUAGAUACAUUGGUGUUUACUGAGGUUAGCAACUAUAUAGACCAAUAUGAUGUCACUCUUGAUGUGUGUUUGUCAUCAGUGAAUGGACAGGCCUAUGUGCUGAAUCAAAUGCAAAAGAUACAGAAGAUAGAUGUUUGUGUGGAUGAUAAAGCAGUGAACUACUUAAACAGGAAAGAUGUGCAGGAGGCUCUUCAUGCUAAGCUUGUUGGAGUAUCCAAAUGGUCAAUUUGCAGCAAGGUUCUCCACUAUGACCGUACAAAUCUAGAGAUACCAACAAUUUCUAUUUUAGGAUCACUGGUUAAUUCCAAAAUCAGGGUUCUGGUGUAUAGUGGAGAUCAAGAUUCAGUUAUUCCAUUAAUGGGAUCUCGAUCUUUGGUGAAUGGAUUGGCCAAGGAACUUGGACUGAAUACAACAGGGGCCUACAGAGCCUGGUUUGAAGGAAAACAGGUAGGAGGAUGGACACAAGUGUACGGAGAUAUCUUAUCUUAUGCUACCAUAAGAGGAGCAUCUCAUGAAGCUCCUUUUAGUCAACCAAAAAGAUCACUGCAGCUACUUAAAGCAUUUCUUGAAGGAAAGCCCCUUCCUGCUGUUAAAUAAAUUAUGAACAGAUUUAAUUACAGAGGUGUUUCUAAUUCCUUUUACCACAAUAAAACAUAGGUCCUUCUAAAAUCCUCACCAAAACUUACUACUUUUGUUAGA